AUGUCAGACAGCCCAACCAAACGCUUGCAAACCUUGAGGGAUUUGCUCGACAAGAAGCUCAUAGAUCAGUCACAAUUCGAUGAUGCCCAGAAGAAGAUACUCAAUGAACUAACCAAUCCUUCCCAAUCAAGAGGCCAAACUCAUGGCCUGCUAGAAUGGUUAAAGGUCUUUGGCAAACCAGGUCCAAAGAAACAGAACUACAUGUCUACGUAUGGGGCUAACUUUCCCUUUGUUGGUCGGGAUACUGCUUUGGAUGCAAUCAGCGAUGCAACUGUCAGACGAUGGAAGAACAGACAUUCGACCGACCAGAAGUCACACCCUAUAUUGGUGGCUGCAGGUGCACCAGGAAUAGGAAAGACAAGACUACUGCGAGAAUUCCCAAAGCGUAUCAGCUCGACAAUGGACUCUGUGUGUCCUGAUCAUGUUGACCUUCACAUUUCAUUUGGCAAUGGCACCUCCUUUGAAGUAGAGUUCUCCAACACAAUCCAGCCCCAAGAUCUCAUCUCAACUGCGCUCUCAAUGCGCAUCCUAUAUUCAUAUCUCAGUCUAAGCGUGGACUACUUUGUAUUGCUGAGUGAUUGGCGCAGACAAUUCCCGAACAUGGCGAUACCCCUAAGCACAGCCUUGGAGUGCAUCAGACAGGAAGAGAAGAAGAAGUUCAUUGCAGUGUACCUUGGUGUCGACGAAUUUCAGAAACUUCUCACAGAGUCUAAAGAUCCCAAAAAACAGCUACUGAAGAUCCUGACACACAUCGUUGGAACAUUCCAGGCGAGUGCCUCCCCAACCAUCUUUCUGGUCACUGUCUUUGCUGGCACAAUCUACUCCCCCCUCAUGGAGAUAUUCGCCGCAUCAUCAUUCAAACACGAGAGGAUCAAUCUCCCUCUACUCAGCAACACAACAAAAAAAAACGAUGUGCGAACCAUUGUGUGGUCAACAAAGUUCAAGGACUACCUACAUUUGGACUCCUUCAAAUAUGCGCUGAUGUUUGUCGGUGGCUGGCCUAGGCUCAUCGAGAUCCUCUUGGACACAAUGGACAUGGAGGGCACACCAAUGGUGAACUCCUUUGAAGUGUUUCGAGACUUGUUGGUCAGCACCCGAAAGGAGAUCAAAAAGUACUACUCCUUCGAUUCAUGUGUCCACAUGGUCCCACACCUCGUUGCUUGGUCAGUCACAUGCAAGAUCCCAGACAAUUGGCAAUUGGACAGUCCCAUUCCAAACGGCACUACCUUCGAGGAACUCGAGCAUAUCGGCAUGAUUACUCAUCUUGGCUCACAUGUUGCUUUCCCUCUCAUCUAUGUUGACUGGUGUAGCCAUUCCCUCAAAAAAACACCCUUUAUCCUAUUGUUCGAGCUACUACACAGCUUUGAAGAAGAGAACUUCUGGCAGAACUGGGAGAAAUUCUGUGCAAGACUACUACUAAUCAAGUUGGUCAUGUUUACACAUCUGUACAACAUUGGGGUGCACCCAAGACUGCCUACCCCUGAUCCCAAUUCUGUGGUCAAAUCUACACCUAACGUCACUCUUUCAGAGUUGUUCACUCCCAGCUCACGCUACACCAAGGAAGAGAAAGGUUUUCAAACAAAGAAGAUUGUUCUCAACUAUCAAGACUCGAGAGUCAUCAAACUAGAUCAUAAGUUCCCAUCAGGUGAUUAUAGGACGUAUUUCAAUCAAAAGGGCUGCUUAGACGGCUCUGUUACAAGAGUCUACCUGAAUGCCCAGUCAGCACCAUUUGAUUUCUUCCUCUUCUUUGAGGACGCAGACAACAGGACACUCAUCGCAGGCCAAGCAAAGCUGAAGAUGGAUGUCACGACCACCCAGCCAUCAAACGUGACUGACGAUGUUGCCGAAGAAUGGUUCAAGUCCAUUGAGUCAAUCAAAGCUUUCGAUCCAUCAAUAAGCCCAAUUCUGUGCAUAUUCACAAAUGAUGAUGCUGAAGUGGACAUGGACCUUACUAUCAACACCAUCGUGGUCGAUGCCAAAUCCAGGUAUUAUUCUCCAAUAUUCCGUAACAUAUUGCAGUACUUUACCAAGAGUGACUAG